AUGGUAGGAGCAUUUCAUGGCCAUGCCCAUAAUCGAAGAUGCCAGUUAGACUGGCAUCCCAUGUAUAUCAAAGGCACUGGACACACAGAGGGUGAAGGAUGUGAGCAUAUAUUUUCCUCGUCAAAUGAGCUCGCACGAAGCACUCGGCAUGCUAACCGCUUUCAUCGACGUCAAUCAAUCGAGCAGCAUUUCGGAUUUUGGGAUGAUAAUAAAUAUGCAGCCCUCAGUAUUUUUCUAUGGAAUCAUUAUCGAGAGGCCUUGGCAGAUAUCCAAACUCUUACAGCAGAACUCUCUGCCAUUAAAGAUGCCCUUAAUCUCACUGACACUGACUUCAUUCAUUUUCAUGCGCAGGAGCAUGAAUAUCUUGAUGGACUGAAACAGACACCAGUGAAGGAUUAUCUCAGUAUCCGCUACAUUAAUGUACUCGAUGAACUUGGUGAACGUCAACGGGAAUGGGACUUGGCACGAGAAGUGGCAAAUCGCUUGCUUGUUGAAAUUCACCCUGGCAACUUAUUUGAAAUGCAUAUUGCUCUCAACCAAGCUCGUGUCCGAGUGGAUUCAGCAUACUCCAAGCUCCAGAACACAGAAGGUUUAGCAGCUCACUUGGAAAUUCAACUCGGUAUCGACAAAUGGUGGGAGAUCGGAAGCGAGCAUUAUAAUCGAUUUCGAGAAGAAGCCUCACUCCUGAAGUAUCGCUCGGCACUUGAUGAACUCGAGCGCCUUGUUGUCAUGCGCUUAUUCAAACUAUCAAAACUUUCACUAUCUGGGACAGGUAAUUAA